AAAAUUGGCUGUUACAGGACUACAUUUCCCGAGUACCGCUGCACGACUUGAGGGCGGACUUAUGUUUUUUUAAUAGGGUUAGGGCUCGAGGGCUCGGGACCCGGCCGCGGUGUCGCCAGUUCGAGUCUCGGUAGCUGCGGAGUGGAGACCAGUGCAGGAAGUAACAGUCAGAUUACUGGUCCUCACUAGUGUUAAGUAGUCGUGUUGGAAGCCUUAUUCUGUGGGUACCCAUCUUUUAAAAAACCUGAAAAAAAUGAAUAAAGAUGCACAGAUGAGGGCAACUAUUAAUCAAAAACUAAUUGAAACAGGAGAGCGAGAACGCCUUAAAGAAUUAUUGAGAGCCAAAUUAAUUGAAUGCGGAUGGAAAGACCAGUUAAAGGCACACUGUAAAGAUGUCAUCAAAGAGAAAGGACUAGAACAUGUUACUGUUGAUGAUUUGGUUGCAGAAAUCACUCCAAAAGGCAGAGCUUUGGUACCUGACAGUGUCAAGAAAGAACUUUUACAAAGAAUAAGAACAUUCCUUGCUCAGCAUGCCAGCCUUUGAUUCUUCCCUUGAGCCUUAUGAAGUUAAUCACGCAAGAAACUGGACAAUGUUUUUCCUCCACGCUUUAGGGUUAAAGUUAACUUUUUUUUUUACAUUUAGUUUCUGGAAGUGUACUUUGCUACAAUGAAAAAUUAAUCUUGAUAUUUUAAUUAAAAAAAACUGAUGACAUAUUUUGGAAAGAAAUUCCGUUUCUUGCCAUUAAAAGUAUGUCAUGUGGCUUACCAUGGUU